AAUCUCAAAUCUAAUAAGCAUCUGAGGAACAAAAAAAUGAUGAUCAUCACGAGAACAUCUGUCUUUGCUGUCCUACAAUUGCUAAUGAUUGAAUCAGCAGUAGGCCAGGCUCUGGUGAAGCCUGGUUGGAAAGAGCAUUGUGGGAAUGUCAGCAUUCCAUACCCCUUUGGAAUCAGAGCAGAUCGCUACAUGCACAAAGAGAGUGAGGUCUCCUGCAGCGACACUUCCAACCCCCCUACAAAUUUACUAACCAGCAUAGAGACUGAGGUGCUGUAUUUCUCUCUCGAUCACAGUAUAGUUAAUGUCAAAAUACCAAUCAUCUCCCAGCAGUGUUCUGUAAGUUUGAAUUUUUUGGAUAUCUCGGGAAGUCCUCUCAUGUCCUACAGAAGGAGAAUGUUGUUGCUCCCUGAGGGAUAUGUUCCAGCUGUGCCUCUUGAGUGCAAGAAAACAUUAUCUGCUCCCUUAGACAAAGUCAAGCCUUUCAUCUCAGCCAGCAUACCAGAAUAUCUAGUUGGUAUUAGCCUAGUGCUUGGAGUAGUGUGUUUACCUAUUGUUAAGAAGUCCAAAAUACUGCAUAAAGAGAAAGUUAAAGAGUUCAUCAAUGAGGUGGUUAUUCUUACACAAAUUAAUCACAGAGAUAUUGUUAAGUUAUUAGACUGUUGUUUGGAGACUGAACUUCCUGUGCUUGUUUAUGAAUUCAUCUCCAACGGGACACUUUUCCAGUACAUACAUGAUUACAAUGAGGACUUCCCAUUAACCUGGGAAAGAAGGUUAACAAUUGCAGCAGAAGUUGCAGAUGCACUUUCCUACUUGCACUCAGCAGCCUCCAUUUCCAAUUAUUAUAGAGAUGUCAAAUCCUCAAAUAUUCUACCAGAUGAAAAGUACAGGGCAAUAGUUUCGAACUUUGGGACAUCAAGAUCAAUUGCCAUUGAUCAAACUCAUUUGACCACAAAUGUGAAGGGCGCAUUUAGCUUGAGUGGUAAAAAGCGGCCAAAGAUGAUAGAAGUUGUUGCAGAGAUAGAGCAGAUUCAUCUUUCGCAAAACAUUUCAAAUGGUCAACAAAAUCAUGAAGCGGCUAGGUAUGUCAAAACUGAAGUAACCAAUCUCUGGGAUGGUGCCUCAACUUCGACAGGUUCAGGUUUGGACUCUUAGGCAGCUUUGUCUUUAGAAAUGGAGCCAUUAAUUUCAAGUGAAUCAUGGGGCUUUAGCUGAUCUAUCCUAGAAUGCAUUUAUUCCAUGUUUGGGGACAUAAUAAUCUCUUUCUUUGUUUGUGUUUGAAAAUUUUUAGUUCAUUCAAUUUUUAUUUUUGUCACUUUGCAGUUCAAAGUUCAAAUAAAUGUUCUGCGCAAGA